AGCAGCAGCAGCACCGCACCCUGACCAGUGGAGCUCGGCAUUUCGCAUAACAGCGCCAUGGUGGUGCGUCAGACUGGCCUGGUGCUGUGGCGGACCUUGUACGUGCAGGCGCUGCGUCGCCACUGGUUUGCCACGCUGUUCGAGCUGCUUCUCGUCACGCUGUGCUUCGUGCAGCUGCGAGACCACACGCGCCCCAGGGCAGUGGCUGGUGGUCGCCAGGCUUUCAACCCGCCGGUCGCGUACGCCUCCCGCCCACUGGCAGAGAUCGUGGCCGACGGUGCGCACACGGGUGGACCCACCGUCUGCUACGGGCCCAGCACCGAGUCUGCGGAGCGCCUCAUGGACGCCGCCUACCCAAGGCGCAAACGACGCGAUUCAGAAAAAGAUUCCGAUCGUAUCGGGAUCUGGACCGAGGCUCCUUUCGAUCACGUGGCCGUCAACUCAGGUGCAGACGUGCCUGUCGUGUGCGAAGACGUAAGCCGCAAGAAACUGGCGCACACUGUGCCAUGCGUGCGUUUCUAUGGCGACCUGGGUGAGCUGAAUUACAGCGUUUACGUAUACACGGACGAACACAUCACCACCGACGAGCUCGCCUUCCGAGUACCUCAGGUCUUCAAACCACCAGGGGAGCCCAGCAAGCUUCUCACUCAUUUAUUCUCUACUCUUGCAAGAAUAAACUUCGCCCACAUUGGACUCCAGAGCAACAACGCUACUGACGUUCUUCCUGUGCAGUUUCAAUUCAGGCGGUUUCCUCACCCGUCGCUGCCCAAGGACAUCCCCAAUUACGCUGGAGUCAUCGGUCUAGUCCUCAUGAUUGGCUUCUUGGUGCCUUUCUGCCUCAGGGUGCAAGCGAUGGUUCUAGAGCAUGCCAACGGGCUCAAGGAGCUCCAGCGGCUGAUGGGGCUGUCGGACGCGGCGUACUGGUCGAGCCACUUCUGCUCGCACCUGUUCCUCGCUCUGCUGCAAAGCGCCGCGGCCGUGCUCUGCAUGCUUGUCGUGGCGGGCCCCGACUCAAAGGAACCGUUCCUGGGACGCGUCGACCCGUGGCUUCUCGCGCUCACGUUCGCCCUCUUCUCGGUCAUCUUCUCGCUGCACACCCUUCUGGUGGCCUCCUUCUUCACCAAUGGCGAGUGCACUCAGUUCGCACUGUGUACGGGGUGA